CCCGCCGCCGCCAUCUUUGUUAGGGGCGCCGGGCCGGGGGUCUGGAGAUGCCGAAGUCGUGCGCGGCCCGGCAGUGCUGCAACCGCUACAGCAGCCGCAGGAAGCAGCUCACCUUCCACCGGUUCCCGUUCAGCCGGCCCGAGCUGCUGAAGGAAUGGGUGCUGAACAUCGGCCGCGGCAACUUCGAGCCCAAGCAGCACACGGUCAUCUGCUCGGAGCACUUCCGCCCCGAGUGCUUCAGCGCCUUCGGGAACCGCAAGAACCUGAAGCACAACGCGGUGCCCACGGAGUUCGCCUUCCGGGACGCCAGGCAGGCCCUGUCACAGCGGCCCCGGCCCCAGCUGGUGCGGGAAGACACAGCGGCCGGCCAGGGUGGGAAUGCCGACUCUGAGAAGGACAAGGUCCUCCCAGCAGCCGAGGCCAGGGAGCACGGGCCGGAGAGAGAGACGGAUCCUGCCCUCGAAGGGCCGCAGCCGCCUCCCAGCGCCGGAGACCCUGUGGGGCAGGUCCUGCCGUGUACACCGGAAGCAGCUGAGGCCCCUGCUCAGCCGGCCAGCCCCCCGCAGCCGUCUGAUCACAGCUACGCCCUUUUGGACUUAGGGGCCCUAAAAGAGAAACUGUUUGUGACCCUGAAGGAAAACGAAAAGCUCCGGAAGCGCUUGAAGGCCCAGAGGCUGGCGAUGCGGGGGCUGUGCCGCCGCCUGGGAGCCCACGGAGCGGGGCGGCCGGGCCCCCGGCCAGAGCAGCAGAGCUGAGCCCGGCAGCCCGGCCUUCUCAUCCGAGCCCGGGAGGUGGGACCGCGGUUCGGGGCUCUGGCCACGAGCCUUUCAGUCCUGCAGCGGACGGGGCAGCGAGGCACGCCAGGCGAGGAGCCCAGCGCGGCCUCAGGUGCGGCGGCGGCGGGCUGUGAACGUGAGGAACGUGGUCAUCAGUGGCUGCCCCAGCUGUCCACUCGGCACGAGCCAGGCCAGCGUCCUCAGAACCACGGCAGACUGAGCAGAGUGGCCGACACCCCCGCGGGGAGGGACUUGGUGCAGGGGUCACUCCCACCACACCAGAGCGGGGACGGAGGACUCGGGCAGCAGGCUGGGCCCUCCACUGCCUGGCCAGCCAGCUCCGGCCUCUGUUCUGAGGAUGCCUCCCCGGCCUGGUUUGAUGGAACUGGGCGACCAAGCGUCUCCCUACACUGCAGGGAAGGAACGCGGGCCCUGGCCGGGGUGCUCAGUUGGUUAGAGCGCCAUCCCAAUACGCUGAGGUUGGGGUUUAACCUCCGGUCAGGGCACAUACUAGAAGCAACCAGAGGGCACAAAUCCAUGGGACAACAAACCCAUGUUUCUCUCAAUUAAAAAACAGUCCUGGGCCCGGCUGGUGUGUCUCAGUGGUUGAGCGUUGACCUAUGAACCAGGUCACAGUUCAAUUCCCAGACAGGACACAUGCCCAGGCUGUGGACUCCAUUCCCAGUGGGGAGAAUGCAGGAGGCAGCUGAUUGAUGAUUCUCAUAAUUGAUGUUCCUCUCUCUGUGCAUCUCUGAAAUCAAUAAACAAUACAUUUAAACAAAUUAAAAAUAGUCCUGGCCUGUGUGGCUCAGUUAAGCGUCACCCCGUGCAUCAGAAGGUUGCUGGUUUGAUCCCUGGUAGGGGGCUGCGGGAGGCAUCAGAUCCGUGUU